AUGUCGCUCCUCCAGAACGAAGACUUCGUUCUCUUUCAACUGCGCACCGCCUACCUCUCCGCGAUCAAAGACGGCGUUGGCGAGCGUCUGAUAAACGUCAACACCUCGGUCCUUAACAAUCCUGCAUUUCGCGCCGCUGGGUGGGUGCCCAAUGCCGCCGACAUCAAGCGCACUUAUUCCCCGCCGAUACCCACCGCAAUCACCUCUGAGUACUUCCAGGCCCCGCGAUCGGCUGGUCUGAAGGCACCAGCAGGAUUUGAAGAUGACGAGGAAGGCGGUAUGGUGACGGGUGGUGGGGGUAGCAACGACACCGUGGGACCUACGCUAAAUGCGAAGCGAAGAAGGCGGCGCGAGCAACUGGAAGAGGAUGAUAGCAGCGAUCUGAGCGACGAAAGCGAUGAAGAGGAUGAUGCGCAACGGCCUGCAAACCAAAUCAAAUUCCAGAAAAUGCCCGUCCGGACGCGCGCCGGUUCCUCGCCCAUUCGUGGCUCCGCUCUUAGGAGCGGACUAAAUGAAGCAGCCGAAGGACCCUCCGUUAUGGUCACAUCCCCGUCCCGACCUCCUGAGAGCCGCCUUCGCCGUGGUUCGUCCGAUGGCGUGCAGAGCAUCACCAGUGGUCGCCCCCGCCGAGAUACCAUUACGAGCAGCGAAAUGUCAUCCGAGAACGAGAUGGAUUCUCUGACCUUCCACAAGCGACGAGUCAACCCUCGCAAGGCUGCCAAAGCUAGUCAUCUGCUAUCAGAGCGCAUAAGUGAGGAUGAAAAGGAGCCAUUAGAAGCCCUCGACGAGGGCAAUGAAUCAGACAGCUCACUCUCGUCUGAAUUCUCCGGGACCGCUGACAGUGGAUCAUUCAUAGGCGAGAGUGAUCCUUUAGAUUCAUCACCUCCUAACGGACUUCCCAACAUGCCCGCUUUGACGCCUUUCGUUAGCAACUCUCCGAAGAAGGCAAAGGCACAAAUAACGCCGACUUUACAGGCGCUGCCUCCUCCAAGACCAAUCAGCUUCAUACCACCAGUCAGUGCACUAACACAGGCUCUUCAAGCCAAGCAACAAAAACCAUCAAAUCCAUUGCAACGAUUCGCUGCUUGGGACGCGGCGAGCGAGGCCAAUUCGAACCCUAUAUAUGUGAAGCUAUACUGCCCAUUUUCUUCAAAACCCUCGAAAGCUCUUGAGCUGCUGAUAAGGAAGACCGCAGACAAUGGCCAGGUUGUGACAGUGGCCGAAGCCAUUGGCUAUGCCUUGUGGCGCUAUCAAGAAGAAAAACUGGAGCCUGCAUUGCCUCCAGGGAAGGUCAAUGUGAACUGCUGGGUGCUGCGCAUGUACGAUGACGGGGAGAUAGAUGAUGAGUUUCCACCCUUGACAAGGAACCGCCCGCUCAUGGACUUUGCCUCCAACAACAGCAGAGGCAUGCGACCCCGCGCCAGGGAAAAGCCCUGGGAUGAGUUCGGUCUUGUCCAGGCCACCGAACGCGAGAUCGUCGAGAACGAGAAAAUUACUCCCGAGUUUAGUCGCGAAGCCGCUGCGGCGGCGGCAGCUUCUCAAAUAUCAGAGGAGGCCCCAAGACCAAAAGCUUCACCACCGAAGCCAAUGCCCUCUCGCGCCAAGAGCUUCCGCAAUCCCAUUACUGGACCUUCUUUCGCUCCCACGGCUACUCGCAAGGACACUUCCAAUCUGGCAGAUGCACCCACGAUCUCCAACGUAACAUCAGCUAGCCGUACCGGCGCUCCGAAAACCCUCACCGUGCACUACACAGAUGAACACUUCAACAACAAGCGCAUGCCUAUCCCUUGCACCACGGACACUUACAUCGCAGAAGUUUUCGACCAAGUAUGUCGUGACCUACGGCUUGACAAAGGCCUCUUCGUCCUCAAAGUAUCCGCCAGCACUACGGUCGCACCGCCUGAUCGUACCGUGGAAGCCCUGGGCUCGCGCAUGGAUCUUGAUCUCGUGCGCCGUCGCUUCGUAGGCGACGGCGUCUUCGGCAUCGCUGGCAGUCCGGGCUCUUCGUCUCCCAACGCUCCCCUCAUCAUCGGCACAGGUGGCGCGCCAAAGAAAACAAAGAAGGGCGAGCGCACCGCAGCCGCCGUCUCCGGCCACGGGCUCAUCCAUCCCUUGGCCAAGCACAGCGAUUCAGGCACCGGACUCACCCUUACGCAAACGUCCUACUACAAGCGCUGGCCUGUCUUGCGCAAACAGCCCAUGUCCUUCGCGUCUUCCACCUCCCGAACGCUCGCACUUGAUAAUGAAUACAUCCACAUCAUGCCCGGUGAAACAGGUAACACAAAGCAGAUCUUCGAUCAGCCAGCGAAAACGACUACUGUACACUUCUCGAGUGUGGUAGGCAGCAAAGUCAGCAAGAAGCAUCCGAAGAUGUUCAGGGUGGUCGUGUUCAAGGAGAAGGAGACGAAGAGGUACGACUUUGAGGCGCAGAAUCAGCAAGAUGCAGUGGAUAUUGUGAAGGAAAUCAAGAGGGGUGUAGAUCGCUUCCAUGAAGGCAUUGUGUAA